CAACAAUGGCGGACGCUUCAUUUCAAUUCUUUAACAAUGGCUUUGACCCUUCUUUAAAUACUGAUUCUUCUCUUUCUUUCUCUUUUCACAUCUCCCUCUUCUUGCUUUCCCUUCAGAUUCUCUCGUUUCGUCCCUCCAAUCCCACCGCUUCGCCAUGGCAGAUGCUCUUCCUGAUGCUGCCAUGGACGCCGUCCAGAAGCGCCUCAUGUUCGACGACGAGUGCAUUUUAGUGGACGAGAACGAUCAAGUCGUUGGUCAUGAAUCCAAGUACAACUGUCACUUGAUGGAAAAUAUUGAAUCUAAGAACUGGCUGCAUCGCGCGUUCAGCGUCUUUUUAUUCAACUCGAAAUAUGAAUUGCUUCUUCAGCAACGAUCCGCGACGAAAGUGACGUUUCCGCUCGUCUGGACGAACACUUGCUGCAGCCAUCCAUUGUACAGAGAAUCUGAACUAAUUGAGGACGAUGCUCUUGGUGCAAGGAAUGCUGCCCAGAGGAAGCUUUUGGAUGAACUCGGUAUUCCUGCAGAAGACGUCCCAGUCGACCAGUUCACUCCCCUUGGUCGCAUGCUAUACAAGGCGCCCUCGGAUGGCAUAUGGGGGGAACAUGAAUUGGACUAUCUCCUCUUUAUCGUUCGAGAUGUGAAAGUGAACCCGAACCCGGACGAAGUGGCGGACGUGAAAUACGUGAACAAGGAGCAGCUGAAGGAGCUUCUGAGAAAAGCAGAUGCUGGAGAAGAGGGGUUGAAGCUCUCGCCUUGGUUCAGGCUUGUUGUGGACAAUUUCCUGUUCAAAUGGUGGGAUCAUGUGGAGAACGGGACUCUCAAGGAAGCUGCUGACAUGAAAACCAUUCACAAGUUGACUUGAGAAGAGAGGACAUUGUCAAUCUUCUUGUUUGUUUGUUUCUUUCUAAUAAGAUCUGAACCUUAUCUAUGCUUAUUUUUCCCCCUCGGAACAAAACAACGUCACAUUUCAUUGUCAUCUUAGUUCCACGAUCUAUACAUUGUGAAACUAUCUCAUGUCUCAGAACUGCUCGGUCAUUUUGGCUUGCUUGCUUGGAUACAUCUAUUGGGAAUUGAUCCAUGUGUCGAUCAUUUCAUCGGAACAUUCCGAACA